AUCUGUUGGCAAUGGCGGCACCGUAGUGUCAAUGAUUGUGUGUUGAUGUGUAUUGUGAUAAAAACUAAAUGAUAACCUGCUGUAAAAUUCGUAGAAUAAUCAAAUACCAAAAUUUCAUUUGACGAAUGUUUUACUAUUUUCUUAUAAUUUUAAGUUACUUGCAUUUGUGUUUUAUGCAGUGAAAACGAUAGUGAAGUAGGCAAUCAUGGCGGACCCGUUGAGUUUACUUCGACAGUACAACGUAAACAAAAAAGAAAUAAUUGAACGGGAUAACCAAAUUAUAUUUGGUGAAUUUUCUUGGCCCAAAAAUGUUAAAACAAAUUAUCUUAUGUGGGGGUCUGGAAAAGAAGGCAAUGACAAAGAAUAUUAUACAUUGGAAUGUCUUCUAUUCAUUCUCAAAAAUAUACAGUUGACCCAUCCAGUUUAUGUUAGGCAAGCAGCUGCUGCAAACAUACCGGCUGUGCGUCGUCCAGAUCGUAAAGAAUUGUUGGCAUACUUGAAUGGUGAAACUGCAACUUGUGCAUCAAUAGAUAAAAGUGCUCCUCUAGAAAUACCAACACAGGUUAAACGAACUCAUGACCAUGAUGGUGGUGAAUCUGCAGCAAAGAAGCCUCGUAUUGAGGAAACCCAUGUGCAGAAAGUACGAGAACAGCUUGCAGCUAGACUUGAUGCACCGAAGGAGGCAUCUGUCACAGUUGACAAUAUCAAGUCACUAUCGGAGGCUAUGUCAGUGGAGAAAAUUGCCGCCAUCAAAGCAAAACGUUUAGCAAAAAAGAGGACUACAAUCAAGAGCAAUGAUUAUUCUGACACACUUGGUGUCGUCGGAUCAGACUUUCGGGCCAUCCUCGACUAUGAUGUAGAUCUAACCAAGGAUAUUAUGAGCCGAGAAAGACAGUGGCGCACAAGAACGACAGUAUUACAAAGUAACGGAAAGGUGUUUGCAAAGAGUAUUCUAGCUCUAUUGGGCAGCAUUCGGGCACGGGAAGAAGGUCGACCAGGGGCGCCUCGGCCGCAACCCAUCGUCAUGCCACAGCCCACAUCAUUACCGCAACAGCAAACACAGUACAACAGAUACGAUCAGGAAAGGUUUAUUAGGCAAAAAGAAGAAACGGAAGGCUUCAAAAUCGACACUAUGGGUACCUAUCACGGUAUGACACUGAAGUCGGUAACAGAGGGACCAAGUGUACCGGCCGCUGCGCGAGCGCCUCAAACGCCAAGCCAUCCUAGGCAAAUGCCACAAAACGGUUCAAUGGGCGGAAGUACGCCGGGUCGGCGGGAACUGCUACCAGUAACGGCGGCGCGGCCCCCAGCCGGCGCAGGCGGCAAGCGGCCUUCUCGCACACCCAUCAUUAUCAUCCCCGCAGCCACCACCUCACUCAUAUCCAUGUAUAAUGUUAAGGACACUCUGCAAGAUCUUAAAUUUGUUACUGUGGAACAGAAGAAAGCUGAAGGAGCGGCUCGUGAAAAUGAAGUAUUGUUGCAGAGAAGAAAAGGACCCACAGGGGAGGUGCCAAACAACGCGACUACUAUUACGGUACCUUACCGCGUCGUAGACAAUCCGGGCAGAUUAUCAGCUGCAGAAUGGGACCGAGUUGUCGCAGUAUUCGUGCAGGGACCAGCCUGGCAGUUCAAGGGAUGGCCUUGGGACGGCAAUCCCGUUCAGAUAUUUGCUAAUAUUUGUGCGUUCCACUUGAAAUAUGACGAAAUGAAGUUAGACGCGAAUGUGGCUCGCUGGGCAGUCACCGUACUAAACCUAAGUCGCACCAAGCGGCAUCUUGACCGCGCCGUCCUACUCGGCUUUUGGGAGACCCUGGACAAGCACAUGAUGAAGAAUAAACCGCACCUUAGGUUCUAAAUCAGAAAUAUAUCUAUUAGUUUAUUAUGUAAUGCCAUGUGAAUAUCAGAGAGCCUUGAAAGCAAAGCGAAUCUAAGUCAAUUCAUACCAUUUCAGAAAUAUUUUGGCUAUUUUGCAGUGAACUGAUAUUAUUAUAUUGUAGUAUGUUGUUAUUCACUGUUAAGAUAUCAUAAAUUAAAUUUCUUAUACACCGUUUGUAAAGUAAUAGUGAUAUCUAGGACAGUAGGAUGAUGCCAUGAACAUUAUUUUACCACAAUUUGACAGCACUUAUCUUGUUAUGUGCAAUAUGUACAACAUGUUUAAUUAUGUUGUGUAUUUAUACAAAUUUUAGAAAGAAUGGCUUGCAAAUAUUUAUAUGAGAGUGUAUGUGUUGAAUGAUAUAUAAAUAUAUAAUUAUGUUUACGACUACAGUACCAUUAUUGACUGCAAUCCCUUGCUAUCCUUUUAGUUUUAGAGUGUCAUAACAUAGACAAUAAUAGCAUAGUGGUGUUCUAUAACCAUUCGUAACUGUAAGCCUUUUUGCUUUGUGUUGUAUGAGUGACCUAUUUACUCAUCACAAAAGUUCCCGUCUCGCCAAAAUAUUUCAAAUGGUAUAGAACUGCUCAAAGAUCUGUGAUCUUUGUUUUUUGACAACAAUAAAUUGUUGAACAUUACUUAUUCUUUUAUUUUUCUUACGUUAGAAUUAAAACAACCAGCUGAUUUAUUUGUCUUUAUUUAAAAUUUCAUUUCAAUGGUAGUAUAUAACAAUAAAUAAUUCUGAUCUCUUUCAGAGAUAAGUACACACAUUUAUAUUAUGUAAGUAUAGGUAUGUUUAUGAUAUUUCUGUACACAAAAUAAAACCAUUCGUUUUUACCCAUAACAAUAUCACAUCGUCAGGUGUGUACUUUCUGUGUGCCCGUGUUUGCUUAGUAUUUAUUAGCUACAUAAAUUAUGUACUCUUUUAUGUCCAAACUGUUAGAUAUAUACAAUGAAACUAAACAAUUGGGCAACUUAUACAAAUAAGCUUUAGACAUUUCUAAUUUAUUUGAAAUUAUCUAAUUAUUAAAUAUUUAAAAUGAUUGAGUAAUAAAAAAAUCAAGUAUUAUAUUAAAAUCAAUAAAUAUAAAAAUAUCUUCAAUAAAAAGUCGAUGGCCUCGCCUGCCCCGGUAAGGAAUGAUAGGACCAAAUUUUACCGAUCGCAGACAUCAGCCAUUGAAACAAACAUUUUUUACAAACUAUUGUUAACACACACUUUAGUCUUUCAAAAGGGAUAAAGUAUCCGCCCAAGAUUGAGAUUUUUUCCACUUUACAUGUAAAUAUCCUUAGCCUUUUGUGCCUCUGAGCUCCGUUUAGAACGUUCUUGUACAACCAGCAAUGAGAUUUAUGGACACACACGUAAAUACCUUGCCAUUUAAUUGAUUGUACCAUUAGCGACAAUUUACCAAUACAAAUUCUUGGCACCGUCAACAAAUAGGUACGGCAAACUAAUUAUUAUCCCCUGUAAGUAUUACACUUAACGCAAACCGAAUUUAUUAAAUAUUUAUUUAUUAUCAAAAUAAAACACAUUUCUAUACCUACUCCAUAACUUCUAAGGUUGGCUAUGAUGAGUUGAUGAGCUACAAACUAUGAGUUUAGCACAAUCACUCAUAGUGAUGCGAACAGGGCUCGAGUCUUAUCGAGAACUACUGCAUACCAUGUACCUAUGAUACAUCAUUCUUGCUACCUACAGUCUAGUAGAGGGUUGAGGAUAAAUAUUGUGACAAGCCUUCGAGAGAAAAAUAUUCAUGACACGAAUGACUUACAAAACUGGACCUGCAACUUACUUAGCUUGGCCAUACCACAAUUUUAUUAGUUUAUCAAGGUAGAUACCGAGUACCUAUAAUCGCUUUUAAAGGCGUAAAUCGGUCAUAAUAAUGGCAUUUGUCACGGCUAUCAGGGUGCUUGAACCACUAUCCUUAACCCUCACUUCAUGUCACACAUUGAUAUUAUCUACCACGAUCAAGAUCACCUUGCCUCGACUCAACAUGGCACAGUGUCAACGCCUCGAAAUGCAUGUCCCCAUAGGAAUGAUUCGUGCAAACUAAUGAAAUGAACGACGUCAUUACUAUCUAAGUUAUAGCAAAAAAUAUUGCCAUUUGGCUUUCACAUUUUUAACGCUGCAUUAUUACCAAAUAUAUUUCAUAAGUACAACAUUUUUUCUUAAAAUUCGAAAACAAAAGUGUAAAAAGCUUUACGCUGCAACAACAUCAAAAUACCAUGUAAUUUUAAAGUCAUAUAACACGAUAUUAUACAUUUAGUUUUACAGAGAGUUAUUUAUUGCAUAUACACAAUAUUGUGGGCAAUAAUUUCGGAUAAGGAACAUACCUAUCAGUCAAAAAAUUAUAUCAAAUUUUAAUUAAGUAUCUAGGUAUAUCACCGCCUCUAAGAAAUUGAGGUAUUAACUUGUUACAAAAUAUAUUAUUUUUGUUAACGUUACCUUUUUAAAGUUUUUAGAGGUUGGGCGAAACAGGACCAAAAAAUAGAUAACAAUGUACGAAAUCCAAAUGAUACUUAGAUAUGGUACAAUAAAUCGACGAGAAUUUGUCACAAUUGCUUCUUUAAAGUCCAGCUCCGACUGCUUCCUAAUAUUCGAACGUUGUUGACGUUGGCACCACCUCCAGCACCAUUUGCAAGAAAACUGUUAUUUUAUCUGAAAUAAAAUAUUUAUUUGUAAUUUUUUUAACUGGUUAAACGGCUUGAAGUAGCCUUUAGCCCUAAAUGUACAUUGCGAUCUAGGCAUCUAGAUAUCUAUCCUUACCCAUGAACGGUAGAGAGUAGCCCCACUUGACGAAAGGCACGUACACCAAGAGGCCACCGAAAAUGAAGGCGGUAGCGUACAGGUACUCCCACUGGGGCUUGUCCACGAUUGGCGCUACCACCAGAUAGGUGGAUACCAGCAAUACAACGUACGGAAUUAUUAUCGGCACCUAAAAU